UGUAUCCGCAACCAACAAGCCAUCCCUUUGAAGCAUAUAUUUCUUCAAGGCAACAACGAAUUAUAUCUAUACAACAGCACAAUGAAGCUUAACUUCUCUUCGCUUUCGCUUCUCUUCAUCAUCUUCUUCUUCUUCAUCUCUGGUUAUCAAAUAACUGCCGACAACUUGGUCAAUCAAACUUGCAAAAAAUGUGCACAAGGUGACCCUAACCUCAACUACAACUUCUGUUUAACUUCUCUUGAAGCAGUUCCAAGUAGCCACUGUGCAAAUCUUCGUCAACUGGGUAUGAUCUCAAUCAACUUAAUUCGAAGCAACGUCACAGACACAAAGUCGUAUAUUAAUGAGCUCUUAAAGAAGAAAAAAUUGGAUCCAUUCAUGAGGUCAUGCUUGACUGAUUGUUUUGAACUUUACUCUGACACUAUUCCUACUCUCCAGCAGGCCACCAAAGACUGCAAAUUUAAGCACUAUGAGGAUGCUAAUAUUGAAAUAAGUUCAGUCAUGGAUGCUUCCGCCACUUGUGAAGAUGGGUUUAAGGAAAAAGAGGAUGCGUUUUCUCCAUUAACAAAAAGAAAUAACAAUACCUUCCAGUUGUCUGCCAUAGCCCUUUCUAUUAUAAAUAUGCUCCACUGAUUUCAUUGCUGUCUUUUUUCAUCUAUUGCUAUGUAUAUUUGGUUUCAUAUUUAUAACUCUUUCAUUAACUUUAAAGUGAUUCUUUGAUAAUCGACAGUUGUGUUUUCAGA